UUCCCUCGGCGGGCAGGCUGUGUGUGUGGGGUUCGGGCAGUGCGCCCGGGGUACUGCGCAGAGCGCGGCCCGAGCGGUGCCAGCCCCGUAAGUCGAGUCGCCAGCGGGGAGGACGCGGCGCGGGCGGCGGGACGAGUUCGAAGCCGGGAUUGGGCGAAGGCGCUCCCGGGGCCUGAGGGGACCGGCGAGAGACUGAGCGAGAAGCGGCUUCCGCGGGCGGGGGCGCGCGCCGGGCCGUGUCUCCCGGGAGAUGCUGUGACGGACCGCACGGAAGCAGUGACGCCGGGGCCCUCGGCGGCCUGGCCCGCGGGCUCAGUGGCAGUAUGCAAGACUUGACAGCUCAAGUGACCAGUGAUCUCCUGCAGUUCCCAGAAGUGACUAUUGAAGCUCUUGGAGAAGACGAGAUAACGUUAGAGUCUGUGCUUCGAGGAAAGUUUGCUGCAGGGAAAAAUGGACUAGCAUGCUUAGCUUGUGGUCCACAACUUGAAGUUGUAAACUCCCUAACAGGAGAGCGGUUAUCUGCAUAUAGAUUCAGUGGAGUAAAUGAACAGCCUCCUGUAGUCCUUGCAGUGAAAGAAUUCUCUUGGCAUAAGAGGACUGGUUUGUUAAUAGGAUUGGAAGAAGCAGAUGGGAGUGUUCUUUGUCUUUAUGACCUUGGUAUAUCAAGAGUGGUCAAAGCAGUUGUUCUUCCUGGAAGGGUAACGGCUAUUGAGCCUAUAAUUAACCAUGGAGGAGCUAGUGCAAGUACCCAGCAUUUACAUCCAAGUCUUCGAUGGCUUUUUGGUGUGGCUGCUGUGGUAACUGAUAUUGGACAGAUCCUUCUUCUUGACCUAUGUUUGGAUGACUUGUCAUGCAGUCAGAAUGAAGUAGAGGCAUCAGACCUUGAGGUUAUCACUGGUAUCCCAGCUGAAGUACCACACAUCAGAGAGAGUGUGAUGAGAGAGGGCCGCCACCUGUGCUUCCAGUUAGUAAGCCCAUCAGGAGUAGCCAUUUCUACUCUGAGUUACAUCAGCAGGACAAAUCAGCUUGCUGUGGGUUUUUCUGAUGGCUACUUAGCACUUUGGAACAUGAAAAGCAUGAAAAGAGAGUACUAUACACAGUUGGAAGGUGGAAGGGUUCCUGUCCAUGCAGUUGUCUUUCAAGAACCUGAGAAUGACCCUCGUAACUGCUGUUACUUAUGGGCUGUUCAGUCCACACAAGAUAGUGAAGGGGAUGUUUUGAGUUUGCAUCUGCUUCAGCUGGCUUUUGGUGAUAGAAAAUGUUCGGCAUCAGGGCAAAUUUUAUAUGAGGGACUAGAAUACUGCGAAGAAAGAUAUACACUGGAUCUAGCAGGUGGCACGUUCCCCUUAAGAGGACAAACUAGUAAUACCAAAUUGUUGGGAUGCCAGAGUAUAGAGCGAUUUCCAUCUCAUGGUGACAGAGAAGAAAGUAUGAGAGAAGCUCUGUCUCCUGAUACUAGUGUUUCUGUCUUUACCUGGCAAGUGAACAUAUAUGGACAGGGAAAACCUUCUGUAUAUUUAGGGCUCUUUGACAUAAAUCGUUGGUAUCAUGCACAAAUGCCCGAUUCUUUAAGAUCAGGAGAAUCUCUGCAUAAUUGCUCAUAUUUUGCAUUGUGGUCAUUGGAUUCGGUUGUAAGUAGGACUUCUCCACAUCACAUCUUGGACAUACUAGUACAUGAGAGGAGUUUAAACCGAGGGGUUCCUCCUUCCUAUCCACCUCCAGAGCAGUUUUUUAACCCAAGUACUUUUAAUUUUGAUGCCACUUGUUUGUUAAACUCUGGAGUUAUCCAUGUAACUUGUACUGGAUUUCAGAAGGAGACUUUGACAUUUUUAAAGAAAUCAGGACCAACUCUUAAUGACGUCAUUCCUGAUAGUUAUAAUCGGUGUCUUGUUGCUGGUCUCCUCUCACCAAGACUUAUUGAUAUUCAGCCUUCCAGUUUAAGUCAAGAAGAACAACUAGAAGCUAUAUUGUCAGCAGCAAUUCAGACAAGUUCCUUAGGACUUUUGACUGGUUACAUUAGAACAUGGAUAAUAGAAGAACAACCAAAUUCUGCUGCUAAUCUACGAUUUGUUCUUGAGUGGACAUGGAAUAAGGUGGUUCUCACAAAAGAAGAAUUUGAUAGGCUUUGUAAGUAUUUUCUAGGAUUGGUGGACUUGAGCAACAAGCAUAUGGUUACCCAGCUUCUCUGUCAGUACGCACACAUGGUUCUGUGGUUCUGCCACUCGGGGCUUCUACCUGAAGGCUUAGAUGAUGCUCUGCAGCUGUCAAGACUACGCUACAACUACCCUAUAAUCCAGAACUACUAUACAAGUCGUCGGCAGAAGUGUGAGCGCUCGCUCAGAGGAAAGUGGAACCACAACUGCUUGAUGAUUGAUGGAUUAGUCUCUCAACUAGGAGAUGAAGUAGAGAAGUUGUGGAAGCGGGACGAAGGUGGCACAGGAAGAUAUCCUCCUGCUAGCAUCCAUGCAUUACUUGAUAUAUAUUUAUUAGACAACAUUACUGAAGCAAGCAAACAUGCUAUUACCAUUUAUUUGCUGCUUGAUAUUAUGUAUUCCUUUCCAAAUAAAGCGGAUACCCCCAUUGAAUCUUUCCCAACUGCCUUUGCUAUUUCUUGGGGCCAAGUUAAGCUAGUUCAAGGAUUUUGGCUGCUAGAUCAUAAUGACUAUGAGAAUGGCUUAGACCUUCUGUUUCACCCAGUUACUGCAAAGCCUGCAUCGUGGCAGCAUUCAAAGAUAAUUGAAGCCUUUAUGAGUCAGGGAGAGCACAAACAGGCUCUCCGGUAUCUUCAGACAAUGAAGCCAACAGUGUCCAGUAGCAAUGAUGUUAUCCUUCACCUCACUGUUCUACUUUUUAAUAGAUGCAUGGUUGAGGCCUGGAACUUACUGCGACAGAACUCAAACAGAGUAAAUAUAGAGGAAUUACUAAAGCACGCUUAUGAAGUUUGUCAGGAAAUGGGCUUAAUGGAGGAUUUACUGAAGCUACCAUUUACAAAUACUGAGCAGGAAUGUUUAGUGAAAUUUUUACAGUCCAGUACCAGUGUUGAGAAUCAUGAAUUCCUUCUAGUUCACCAUUUACAGCGUGCCAAUUAUAUUUCGGCCUUGAAACUAAACCAGACUCUGAAGAAUAAUCUCACGAGUGAUCGUGACCCUCGAUUGCGGGAGAGAUCAGUGACUCGAAAUUCUAUAUUAGACCAGUAUGGGAAAAUCCUACCUAGAGUCCAGAGAAAGUUAGCUGUUGAGCGAGCUAAGCCUUACCAUCUGUCAACGUCCUCAGUUUUUCAUGAAGUUUCUAGACCCAAACCAUUAUCGGCAUUUCCAAAGAAAGCUAUAACUGGAACAGUGUUAACAAGAUCUACGUUCAUCAGCAAUGUUUUAUCUAAAAUUGGAGAGGUGUGGGCAAGUCAUGAACCUAGAAAUGACAUCUCACUUUUUAACAGUCCUAAAGCAGAACAGCCAUCUCCUGUAGUACAUGCUUCUCCACACCCAGAGCUUCCUGAGGCCGCGUUUGUUGGAACUCCAAUUUCAAAUACAUCCCAGAGAAUUUCUAGAUUACUGGAUUUGGUUGUCCAUCCUGUCCCCCAGCCUUCUCAGUGUUUGGAGUUUAUUCAACAAAGUCCCACAAGAUCUCCUCUGUGCCUGCUGUCCAGUUCAUUACCGUUAAGUUCACAGUUAAAAAGGCCGCGUCAGAGCACCUCCAGGCCUUCAGAGUUGCUUUUACUUGAGACUCCUCUUAUAGUUAAGAAAGCUAAAUCUUUGGCUCUGUCAGCUACGUCUUCUGGAUUUGCCGAGUUUACUCCUCCAUCCAUCCUUAGGUCUGGUCUUCGAACAACACCUUUAGCAUCUCCCUCUCUGUCACCUGGAAGAUCGCUCACUCCGCCUUUCAGAGUUAAAGAAACUAGGAUUUCAUUCAUGGAAGAAGGCAUGAGUACACACUGGACUGAUAGAGCUACUGAUGACCGGAAUGCAAAAGCGUUUGUUAGCACAUCUUUCCAUAAGUGUGGACUCCCAGCAGAAACUGAGUGGAUGAAGACCAGUGAUAAGAAUACCUAUUUUCCUCUGGAUGUCCCUGCAAAGGGCCCUCAGAAAGUGGUGGCAGAAUCACUGGAUACCCAUUCACGAAGGCUAGAGAAGCUGGAUGUGAGGAAAGAAGACAGCACUGCUUCCACCAGGUCAGACCAGACCUCCUUAGAGUAUCAUGAUGCACCAUCACCAGAAGACCUUGAAGGUGGCCUUUUUGUGUCCCCCAAGCCAGCAAUUUCUUCCACUGAACUAACUACUAAUUCAACUCUACAAACAGAGAGGGGUAAUGAUAAAGAUGCGAUUAAGUCAGAAGGUACUCCUUCAGCUGUGAAGAAACAAACAGGCACGGGAGAUGCUGUAGUGGAAGCAUUUUCAGAAUUCAGUCGCUUAGACCCUGUUCAAAGAGCUGAAGCUUCUUUUGGUGUGUCGUCAGUCUGCGAAGGGGAAAUCUCCACUUCAAAAUCCAAGACGUCAGUUCUGGAUGGAAUAGUGUCUAUUGAGAGCCGAACCUCCAUACUUACAGCAGACUACAAAGAGUCUGUGGCCAACACGAUUGCAGAUGUUGAAAGCUCUGGGUCCACCAGCUCCAAGUGCCCUGUUACCGCUGAACGCAGCCUCGGCCAAAAACUAACAUUAAACUUAAAAGAAGAUGAAAUAGAAGCUCAUGUACCAAAAGAGAACGUUGGCUUACCAGAAGAAAGACCUCGAAUUUCUGCUGGUCCUUCUGAUACUCAAGAAAUUCAUCUAAUUGGAUGUGAAAAACUUGAAGUUCAGAAUUCAGAAGAGGAGGCCAAGAGUCUUUCAUUUAAUGAGUUGUAUCCCUUAGGGGCACAUAAGCUUCAGUAUAAUCUCGGUACUAUUGAGCAGCAGUUUUGUGACUUGCCUGAUGAUAAAGACUCUGCUGAAUGUGAUGUUGCUGAAGUAGACGGGGAACUUUUUGUGGCCCAGAGCAACUUUACCUUGAUUUUAGAAGGUGAAGAAGGAGAAAUUGAGGCAAGUGACUCUGCAGUACCUAAUGUGUUACCAAAAGCGACCAACAUAGCAACCAAGGAAAAACCUGUGUGCCACGUGGAACCCCAUAAUCAGGAACAUGUUACAGAUGUGCCAUCUGCUGUGACUGGUGACCAAGAAUCCCACAAGGUAGAGACUUUACCGCAUGUGCCUGAGCCGGUUAAAGUGGCAACUGCAGAAAAUCUGUUGGAUGUAAUUAAAGACACCAGAAGUAAGGAAGCAACUCUCCUGACAGCAGGUGGUGAGGCUGUUGAUGAGGACAAAGCAGCAAUAGUCCCAAAGGCUGCUCAUUCCUCCAGGCUAACAAACUCUACACUGAAGAAGGUUAAGGAAACACAUGCAGAGACUGUAAAUACCAGCCAGUGUGAUGACAUGGUUUCUUCUAGAACUCUUACAAGAAGGCAGCAUGCCCUAAGCCUGAAUGUCACAUCAGAACAAGAGCCUUCAGCAGUUGCUACUCCUAAGAAGAAAACUAGAAAAAUAAAAGAAACUCCUAAGUCUUCUGAAAGUAUCUGUUCUGACUUAAAAGUAGCACCUGAGAACCAACUGACAGCUCAGAGUCCUCUCCCUCCUAGGAGAGGAAAGAAGAAGGAAGUUAGCCAAGGCACACUAGCAAGCUCUGUGCCAGAGCCUCAGGGUACACGGGAAAAACGGAGGCUGAGAACACAGCCACCCGAGCCAGCAGCUGAAGAAACACCUUCUAGAACAAAAUUCAAGCUUUCAUCUGUUAGAAAGGGAACCCCUAGAAGACUUAAGAAAUCUGUAGAAAAUGGGCAAAGUGCAGAAAUUGUAAAUGAUCUCAAAGGUAGUGAAGCAACAAGUCAUGACAGGACUGUCACCGAGCUGAGGAAUGCCAAUUUAGAAGAUACUCAGAAUAUGGAGUAUAAACAAGAUGAACACAGUGACCAGCAGCAACUGCCUCUAAAACGAAAGAGGGUCAGAGAGAGAGAAGUUAGUGUGUCAAGUGUGACACAAGAGCCAAAGCUUGACACAUCCCAGUUGCCUCUUGAGACAGGGCUCGAUGUACCUGCCACCCCUAGGAAACGUGGUAGACUCAGGAGGGUAGUUCCCUUAGAAGCUGAUGGUGCCACAGCUGGUAAGGAACAGACAAGUCCCCAGAAGAAAGACGUUCCGGUUGUCCGGAGAUCUGCACGGAACACCCCAGUUAGAAAUGUGAGUACUUUAGAAAAAUCCAUUUUAGUGCCAAAUAAGGAAGCUGCUCUAGUGGUGACAUCUAAGAGGAAACCUACAAAGAAGCCUGCAGAGGAAAGCUCAAAAGGCCCAUCAGCAGCAGUCUCAGACUUGGCGGAUGGAGCAGCCCACCCAGAGUCCACUGACCGAGAAGAAGGACUGCUUGCCACUGCUGCCCUCACGCCGUCUGCCUGGGUCACAAGGACUAGGUCUAGAAGGACCAUGUUGUUGACGGACAUUUCUGAACCCAAAACUGAGCCUUUAUUUUCUCCUCCUUCAGUGAAGGUUCCAAAGAAAAAAACAAAAGCUGAGAACAUGGAGGCCGCGGCCCAGCUGAAAGAAUUGGUGUCAGAUUUAUCUUCUCAGUUUGUUGUUUCCCCUCCUGCCUUGAGAACCAGGCAGAAAAGUAUAUCCAAUACUUCCAAACUUCUAGGUGCACUGGAGAGUGACCCUAAACCACUAGAGAUCAUAGAACAAAAACCAAAAAGAAGCAGGACUGUGAAGACAAGAGCAGUGAGCAGAAACAUGGGAAAAGGAAGUUCUUGGUCACCUCCCCCUGUAGAAAUUAAGCUGGUUUCUCCCUUGGCGAGUCCAGUGGAUGAAAUAAAGACCAGCAAGCCAAGAAAAACUGCAGAAACAGCAGGAAAAACUCUUGGAAGGGGCAGAAAGAAGCCAUCUUCUUUUCCAAAGCAAAUUUUACGCAGGAAAAUGCUGUAAUUUUUAGCCCAAGAUUUUAAAACGCACCUGUUUGUAAAAGUCAUCAGUAUUUGUGUGGAUUAUUAAAGUCACCCAAUUUGGAUGGAAAUACUUUAUAUAAAUUGUACAAUUUUGUAAGCAAGUAAAUAAGUAACUCCAUAUGGAGUGCAGUUCUUCUAGUCCAGGCGUUUUAUAAUACUUCAUACGUUUAUAUAAAUGUAAAUAUGACUUAUCAUUGGGAUGUUAAAUAAACUAAUGUAAAGUACACUGUGUGUCUGGUAGAUUUUUGAGAGGAGCUUUCUGUUUGAGUUGUAGUUUUAUAUGCUACUGGACAUUUGUUCAUAUCCUUUCUUUACAGUUAAGAUACUAGAACUGUCUUAAAAUGAGGGCGAUCAACUAUUGAUUAUUUUUAACAUUGCUGUUUUAUAAUGUAUGCACUUUGAUGCUGUUCCUCAGAUCUCUAAUUAUUACAUGUACUCAUUGGGCUUUGCCUGAUACUGUGUUGAAUUUGAAUUGUCGGCAUGUGAUUUUGCCUUUUUGUAGUUUUACAAAUGUUGUGUAAUCUACCUCAAAUGAGUAAUUUUCCAGUACUGCAUCGGUUUCCUAUGCUAGCAGUUCUGUUCAGUAACUUAAGGACUAUCUUGUCUCUCAAUUCAGAGACUUAAUUAUCCAGGUUAGAUUGACCGAUUUCACUGCUUCCUAGCAACCUCAUGGAAGGAUUGGAGAAAGAAAUGUAAAACGGUGCACCGGCGUGUGCCUGCUGUUGAGAAGAGAAGCCGACAAGGUUUAAACUUCCCGUGCUGUGAAAGAGCUUGCGACUGAGUCACAGAAGCCUCUCUAGUAUUCAGGUUUUAAACUGGUAACUGCCACAGAACCUCGGGCACAGGUUACAGAGAAUGGAAGAGUGUGAGCAGAUGUGGGGAAAGAGGGAAGGAGUGCUCUUUUCUUCAGGGUGUGUACCGAUGGUAAUGGCCUUCAUCAAUAAAUAAGUGUUGUCAAAUAAUUUAUGACAGGUAAUUGAUAGUGUGUAAUGAAUGGACGCUUAAUAAUUGAUACCUAAAAGCAGACUUUGUCAGCUAAGCUUUGGAUGUUUUCGUGAGCAGUGUGCUUUGUGUGUUAUUUUUCUACCGAAUAGCAUCAUGGAUAAUGAGAAAAUGGGGAGAAUGCCUGUGCCGAGAUCGGACAGUGUGAAAGUGGCCGUCCGGGUGCGGCCGUUCAGCCAGGUCAGUCCAUGCUCAUUGCCUUGCUGACAAUUACUGCCUGAUUUUAUUAAUUUUUUAAUAAUAGUUUCUGAAUUUGUAUUUAAGCUGCUUGUCAUUUAUGAAAUAUUAAACUUAUUUAAAUGGAUUUGUCAAAUGAGUAACAAAAGAUCUGAGCAUAAUUUAGUAAACAUUUAAUUUCAUUCCUUGGUACAAGUAGCACAAUAAAAAAACUGACAAGAGAAA